GAAUUGUUUGUUGACCUGAUUGAACUAGAUAUGGACGAUUUUGACAUAAUACUAGGGAUGGAUUGGUUGACGCGAUAUGGAGCAACAAUUGAUUGUAGGCGACGAAUGGUGACCUUUGAACCGGAGGGCGAGGCACCCUUUGUGUUCGUGGGAUCGGUGGAUGGACCGCGGGUACCUGUGAUCUCGGUACUAAAGGCUAGAGACCUGAUGCAAGAGGGUUGCAUAGGAUUCCUAGCAAGUAUAGUGGAUUCCUCUAAGGUGGCGGCAGUGGGACCGAAUGAAACCAGAGUCGUCUGCGAGUUUCCAGACUUGUUUCCAGCAGAUCUGCCGGGGUUGCCGCCACAGCGGGAGAUCGAGUUCGUCAUUGAGUUGCUGACCAUCAAGAACAAAUAUCCAUUGCCUAGGAUCGACGAUUUAUUUGAUCAGCUUCAAGGGAGUAUAGUGUUUUCGAAGAUUGAUCUCCGAUCAGGCUACUAUCAAUUGAGGAUCAGAGAUGAGGACAUACCAAAGACUGCAUUUCGGACUCGGUAUGGGCAUUAUGAAUUUCUGGUUAUGUCCUUUGGAUUAACCAAUGCCCCGGCGGCAUUUAUGGAUUUGAUGAACAGAAUUUUUAAGGAUUACUUGGAUAAGUUUGUGAUUGUGUUUAUUGAUGAUAUCCUAGGGUUCUCCAGAAUUGCUACUCCGUUGACAGAAUUGACAAGGAAGAAGACCAAGUUUGUGUGGACAGAUCGAUGCGAGAAUAGCUUCAAAGAGCUGAAGCGGCGGUUGAUUACUGCACCAGUGCUGAGCCUGCCAACGGAUAAUGAGAAGUUUGUGGUCUACUGUGACGCUUCCAGACAGGGUCUGGGAUGCGUGUUGAUGCAGGCUGGGAAAGUGAUAGCGUACGCAUCAAGGCAAUUAAAGGAGUACGAGCAGAGGUAUCCCACGCAUGACCUGGAAUUAGCUGCAAGUCUAAAGUAUUUCUUUACCCAGAAGGACUUGAACAUGCGCCAGAGACGGUGGCUUGAGCUGGUAAAGGAUUACGAUUGUGAUAUCCUAUACCAUCCUGGGAAGGCUAAUGUGGUGGCUGACGCAUUGAGCCGAAGGGGCCCAGGACAGUUGUAUAGUUCGAGGCAGAUAUCUGACAGACUAGCAGGAGAGAUGACCAGAGCAGGUAUAGAGCUAGUGGUUGGGAGGUUAGCCAACAUUACUCUUCAGUCAACACUCCUCGAGAGGAUUAAGGAAGCACAGGGAAAGGACCCCCAGUUAGUUGAGCGUAGAGAGAACGUCCUAUCGGGAGAGUGGAAAUGGGAAGAUAUUGCCAUGGACUUUGUGGUAGGAUUGCCAAAGACCGUGGGUCAGCAUGACUCGGUAUGGGUGAUUGUGGACAGGUAUACCAAGUCCGCCCACUUCUUACCUGUGAAGACGACUUAUACUGUGGAGCAGUAUGCAGAGCUUUAUGUUAAGGAGAUCGUUCGACUUCAUGGGGCUCCGAGGUCAAUAGUAUCCGACAGAGACCCCACUUUCACUUCCAAGUUUUGGAAGAGCCUGCAGAAGGCAAUGGGCACGCAGCUUCGGUUUAGUACCGCUUAUCAUCCUCAGACGGAUGGACAGUCUGAGAGGACAAUUCAAAUACUGGAGGACAUGUUACGAGCUUGUGUCUUGGAUUUUGAGGGAUCUUGGAGUAAGUACCUCCCUCUGAUUGAGUUUUCGUACAAUAACAGUUAUCAGGCGACUAUCGGAGUGGCUCCGUAUGAGAUGUUGUAUGGUAGAAAAUGCAGAUCACCGAUUCACUGGGAUGAGACAGGUGAGAGAAGGUAUUUAGGUCCUGAGAUGGUUCAGAGGACCAAUGAGGCACUUGAGAAAAUUAGAGCUCGUAUGCUCGCCUCCCAGAGUCGCCAGAAGAGUUAUUCAGAUCAGAAACGCAGGAGCGUAGAAUUUCAGGUUGGUGAUCAUGUAUUCCUCAGGGUUUCACCCCUGAGAGGAGUAAAACGAUUUGGCGUUCGGGGCAAGCUGAGUCCCAGGUUUGUUGGCCCAUUUGAGGUUCUAGAACGAAUUGGGGAGGUGGCUUAUAGGUUAGCAAUGCCUCCAGCUUUAUCAGGAGUUCAUGACGUGUUUCAUGUGUCCAUGCUCCGGAAGUAUGUUUCGGACUCUACUCAUGUGUUGAGCUAUGAGAACUUGGAGUUGGAUCGGGACUUAUCAUACGAAGAAAAGCCUAUUCAGAUCCUUGAUAGGAAGGACAAGGUCUUGAGGAGCAAGACCAUCCCCUUGGUUAAAGUAUUGUGGAGAAACAGCAAGGUCGAAGAGGCGACAUGGGAACUGGAAUCAGAUAUGCGGGAGCGGCAUCCCGAG